CAUGUAACAAUACUGAUCAGCUAAUUGAUUUUCUAAAUUUGACUAGGGACUGUUGCUCUAAUGGAGGUGUUUACUGCCUGUGACAGAUACUUCCUCAGUUAUCCUGUCAGCAUCAACUGUCAUUCCUACUGUGAUUCCUACUGCUUCUUCAUUCAUGUUAACAUCAGUAUUAAUCCCAUUAGCAGUCACUAUUCCACUAGUUCUACUGGUAGUAUUUAUAGCAGUGUUAUUCAUUUUCUGUUUGAUUAAGAGGAGAGCAAAUAUGAAGGAAAAUAAGACAGAUCUAGUGCUGCAUGCAAUUCCCUCCAAGCCUUUGUUACUUUCAGAGAGCAGUAGAGAAAACGUUUGUAAUUCUAGCAAACCAAUUGACAUCUCAUCAAAGUACAUAGAUCAGUUAUCAGAUUAUAUAAUAUCAGGAUCAAUCAUUGAAAUACAAGAAACUGUUGGACAAGGUGAAUUUGGUAUAGUGUAUCGUGGUGUAAUGACAAGUAACACUCAAUUGCCAAAAGCAGUAGCUGUGAAAACAUUAAAAGGUUUUUAUAAAGAGAGUGACAUUGAUUCCUUAUUGGAUGAGUGCAUUAUAAUGAUGUCAUUUGAUAAUUUAAAUGUAUUACCACUGAUUGGUGUGUGUCUUGAUCUUGGACCAGCUCCAUACAUUAUUAUGCCUUUCAUGUCAAGAGGAAGUUUAUUGUCUUACCUCAAGAAAGAGAGGCCUAAUUUUACAGUAGCUGAUACCAGUGAAGAGGAUAUUAUACUGAAUGUCAGGAAACAGUUACUCUCCAUUUGUUUACAAGUUGCUAAUGGAAUGUCUUACUUAGCUUCCCAGAAAUUCAUUCAUCGUGAUCUUGCUGCUAGAAAUUGCAUGAUUGAUGAUAAUGGUGUUAUCAAAGUGGCAGAUUUUGGACUAUCUGAGGACAUAUAUGCCUGCAAUUACUUCAGGCAACUAAAGGGCAGUGAUAAUAACUCAGGAUCAUCAACAGUUAAACUACCAGUGAAAUGGAUGGCAUUAGAGAGUCUUCAUGAUGGACUGUUCUCUGAAAAAUCAGAUGUUUGGUCUUAUGGUGUUCUUUGUUGGGAAGUGUUCAGUCUUGGUAAGGUACCAUAUCCUGGUCUGGAUCCAAUAGGAGUAGUAGAGUUACUGGAUACUGGAGGACGAUUGCAGUGUCCACAUAAUGGAGCCUGCUCACAGGAA